AUGAGUUAUCCAUGUUUAAUGCCCGAAGACGGUUCACCAAUUUAAAUUCAAUCUAAAGUGUAUGUUGUUGGCAGAGUAGACAAAUGUCACCUCAAGAUUGAUCAUCCUUCAAUAUCGAAACAACAUUGUGAAAUAUUAGUGCAGGAUAAAAUCUUAAUCGUUGAUAAGCAGUCUCUGAAUGGAACAUUUGUAAACGGAGUUAAUGUGGGAAAAGGACAAUAAUUUGAAAUAUUUAGUGGAGACAUAAUCCAAUUUGGAAAAUACCCAAUUCUCUACACAUUUUAUAGCGAUACAAAGAUGGCAUACAAAUAAAAGAAACCCAAUCAGCCAGUUAAAGACAUGAAAAUAUCAGUUGUUGAUUUCGUAAAAUAAAAAAAUUAAGAAUUCCAAAAUUAACAAACACCGGUAAUUUAAUAAUAAUCAUCAUAAUAAAUUCCAUUUCAAAUCAAGCAUUUCAGUCCUGAUUCUAUUUUGAUGGCAGAUAAACAAAAAAUUGAUGAAACUACUUAGGAUCUGAUUAAAAAUAAAAAUAUUGAAACAGCUUAAUAAAUCAUCUCCUAAUUAGACAGAGAAAAUAAUGAUUUAAGGACAUAGGUUUUGUAAUAAUAGGCAGAUUAUGAUAAAAAGUCAUAGGCAUUUCUUGAUUUAUAAUUCAGAUACGAGAAAUUAUCAAGCGAGUUUUCAAAUAUAUAAGCAAAGUACCAAUCUGUAGAACCAUUUACUAAGGAUUUAUAGGCCAAACUUGAAUAAUGUAGAAAAGAAAAUGAACUUAGAUUGGCAGAAAUAGAAGAAUACAAAAUUACAGAUAUUGGAAAGAAGAUAGCAAUAUAGAAUGUAAAUGAAUAAUUUAUAUUGAAGGCUGAAAUCCUAUAAUUAAGGAAAAUACUAUAAUUAAAAGAUGAAGAAAUUUAAGGAUAAAAAAAGCAAAUUACUUAAUUACUAUCCAAUGUUUCAGGAAAUCCUCAACAUCACAUCUAAAUGCUUGAACAGAAUUCUAGAGAACUUACUUAAUUAAAAAAAUAAUUAAUAGAGUGGGAAGGCAGAGAUAAUGAAUGUUAUAGGAAAUGGACUCAAUUGCUAUAGGAUAAUGCUAGAAAGGAAGAAUAAAUUAGAGCUUUAAAAUACUAAAUCGACCGAUUAACACAAAAUAUUUAAUCUCUUCAUCAAGAAUUUGAUAUGAAAAACCAUGAAUUAAAUAAAAGGAUACUUCAAAUAAUUGAUGCUCAGGGUGACUAGCAAUAAAAGGAAGCUGCUUCUUUUCUAGUCUAACAAAUUGCCAUUAUUUCUGAGGAAAGAAGAGUGUAUUUGGUUGAAGUAGAAGAACUAUUGAGGUCGAGAUAAGAGAUUAUCACAGAACUAGAACUACUAAAGAAAGAAGAAUACAUAAUCCCUGACGGAACUAAUGUCACAUCUUUAAUCAAGGCCUUAAGAUAGAGAGUGGAAGAAUUGAGUGACAUUUUAAAUGAAUACAAAUAAAGAGAUAGUUAUGAUUAAUUGGUGAUUUAAAAGUAAUUGAUUGAGGAAUUAGAGUAGAAAUUAAAUCUUGCGGAUAAGAAAAACAAAUAAUUAGAAUUAUAACUGUUUUAAUUAAAAAAUACAUCACCUCAAUAUUAGGCUGACGCUUAAUUUGAAUUCUUUACUAAGAGAAUUAAUGAGUUGACUGCUUAGAUUAAGGAUCAAUAAAGAAAAAUUAAUUAAUAAGAGGGUGUUGAACAAUAAAAGGAAUUACAGAUUUAGAAUAUGAAAUACCAACUCAAUACAAUCAAACUGAAUGAUUAGUAGAUUAUUAAUCCUAUAUUGCAAAAUGAAUUUAAAAAUGAGAGGAUAGGAAAUGAAUUUGAAACUUGA